AUGAACACUCCAAUCAAACUAGCCUUUCUCUUCUUAUCCGUCACGGCAAUCGCAACCGCUACACCAACCAAACGCACAAACUACCUUUUCACACCGCACGCAAAAGCAGUCGCGGGAAUAUGCACCGUGAUCCCAACAAACACAAGUCUAUGCUGCAAAACCCUUAAACACGUUCCUACCGAUGACCCCAUCGAACUAAUCCGAGCAUUAGCGGCUGCGGCUGAAACCUCCGUGAAAACUAGUGUGGCUUUCCUCUCCGAAAUCAAACCAAAACACAAAUCAAACGCGACCGCAGCCGCAGCGAUCAACAGCUGCGAGAAAAACUUGAAAUACGCGUUGGAAGAUUUCGCCGAGUUUUGGAAAGCUACGGGGAAAAACGUGACGACGUUGGCUCAUAAUUAUUUCACAUGCAAGAAGACGCUGAUGUCGAUCAUGGGGUAUCAUUCGACAUGUUUGGAUGAUAUUGAAGAUAAGAAUUUGUUCAAGGAAGUGGAGAUUGGGAUUGGAGUUGGGAAGAAACUAAGCAGUGAUUCCUUUGAUGUGUUCAAUGCUUUGAAUACUAUUUUUAAGACUUUUGGUAUUAAGGUGAAGCUUAACGAAGAAGACACAUCGCCACGACCGCCACCAUUGUCGGAUUAUUAUUUCUGA